AUGUAUCUGGUGAAGGACAUCGGCAGAGACAUCGGGCUGAUGGUGGCGUCCUUGGUGCUCCUCGGCACCUGGCCGGUCGUCCUCACCGUGCUGGAGCACCGGGGACGCCUGCCGCAGCACACGUACCUCGACUACUACAUCACCAACUUCCUGGCCGCCGUGCUGAUCGCCCUCACAUUCAGCCAGAUCGGCGGCAACACGCCGGAGACGCCCAAUUUCCUCACUCAGCUCACCAAGCCGCAGAACUACUGGUCGUCCAUCAUGUUUGCGCUGGCGGGCGGCGUGGUGAUCACCCUCGGCACCGUGGCCACGCAGUACGGCUGGGCAUACGUCGGGCUUUCGGUCACCGAGGUCAUGGCCUCAAGUCUCAAGGUUGUCAUAGGGACGACACUGAACUAUUUUCUGGACGGCCGGAUCAACAGGGCGGAGGUACAAGGAUUUGAUGGCUGCUGGUAUUAUUGAUCCAUCCAAGGUAUGUGAU